AUACUUGUUUCUAGGGGUGUAUUUUGUAGCCGCACCGUAUGAAAGCGUGACAUUUAACGUCAGAUGAUGUUGUUUUCUAGGACGUUGUAUUGAUUUGGUCUGGGAUAAAUUCAAUAUCUGAUAGCUGUAGCCAUACGUCUCCCUCGUUUUUAUUUUCUUAGUGUCAUGGUGAAGCCAUUGCCAUCUGGCUGACAUUUCUCUGUCUUCUUUUAACUGCUUAACAAUGGUUCGUCUGAAGUUAAGACUAAGGAAACAGCUUGGAAGAUAAGCAGACAUUUAGAUACACAUUAGAGUCUGUCGGAUAUUAAGCAUGAUGAUGUCGGGAAGGUAUGUGCUAGCUGCUGGGCUCCAGUGCUGCAGAUGCAGAGUGAGCUGGCAUGGAAAACGGCACUACAGCUUCCUUCCAGAUGAUGUCAAAUCAUUGCGGGCUGUGGUCAACCCUGAUAUAUCCAAGAUCCGAAACAUCGGCAUUAUGGCCCACAUUGAUGCAGGAAAGACAACAACCACAGAAAGGAUGCUUUAUUACUCUGGCUAUACGAGAGCACUGGGAGACGUGGACGACGGGGAUACAGUCACAGAUUUUAUGGCUCAAGAGAGGGAGCGUGGCAUCACCAUACAGUCUGCAGCAGUCACAUUUGAUUGGAAAACUCAUAGAAUAAACCUCAUAGACACCCCCGGACAUGUUGACUUCACUCUCGAGGUGGAGCGGGCACUUCGUGUUCUUGAUGGGGCUGUCGCAGUGUUUGAUGCUUCAGCUGGUGUUGAGGCUCAGACUCUGACCGUGUGGCGACAAGCAGAGAAGCACCAUGUUCCCUGUCUAUGUUUUCUGAAUAAGAUGGAUAAGCCUGCAGCAAACCUACGUUUUUCCAUUCAGAGCAUAAGAAAGAAAUUAAAAGCCAAUCCAGUCCUCCUGCAGAUUCCUGUUGGCAGUGGCAGAAACUUCUCCGGUGUGGUUGACUUGUUAACCAACCAGAAGAUGAUAUGGAAGCCAAUAUCUAUGAGACAUGAUGAUGGACGAAUGUUUGAAAGCAAACCUCUCGACCAGUCGGAUGAGCCAGAACUUUUGCAGGAGGUCAACGAGGCCAGGGCAGCUUUAAUUGAGCAGGUUGCUGAUCUGGAUGAUGAGUUUGCGGAACUGCUGCUGACUGAUUUUAGCGACAAUUUUGAUGCUGUUCCCUCAAUCAAACUGCAGGAGGCUGUGCGGCGGGUGACUCUGGCCCGUAAAGGCGUCCCAGUACUCUGUGGGAGCUCUUUGAGAAACAAAGGUGUUCAGCCUCUUUUAGAUGCCAUCACUGCCUACCUGCCCGCCCCCAAUGAACGACACCAUGAUCUGGUGCGGUGGUACAAGGACGACUUAUGUGCUCUGGCCUUCAAGGUGCUGCAUGACAAGCAGCGUGGUCCUCUGGUAUUUCUCAGGAUUUACUCUGGUACUCUGAAACCACAGACUGCUGUCCACAACAUCAACAGGAACAGCAUUGAGAGGAUGAGCCGGCUGCUGGUGCCGUUUGCUGAUCAGCAUGUAGAAAUCCCCUCGAUGACAGUGGGAAACAUCGCUCUGACUGUUGGACUAAAGCAGACAGUUACGGGGGACACUAUUGUUUCAUCGAAGGCUUCAGCAGCAGCUGCAGCCCGCCGAGCCCAAAAUGACGGCGUGGAAAGCAAGAAGCAUGGCGAACAUGCCAGCGUUGUCCUUUCAGGGGUGGAGGUCCCUGAUCCUGUUUUCUUCUGCACCAUAGAACCGCCCACCAUGGCCAAACAGGCUGAUCUUGAGAAUGCACUUGGCUGCCUCCAGAGAGAAGACCCAAGUCUUAAAGUCAGAGUUGACCCUGACUCUGGACAGACCAUUUUGUGUGGGAUGGGAGAACUGCACAUCGAGAUCCUCCAUGAUCGAAUCAGAAGAGAGUAUGGCAUUGAGACUCACCUUGGACCGCUACAGGUGGCUUACAGGGAGUCUAUUCUCCACAAGGUCUCUACUAUAGAUACGCUGGACCGUACUGUUGGGGAGAGACGACAUCUUGCGACAGUGGAGCUGGCUGUCACACCUCUUGAAAUCUCCACUACCAGUAGUUCAUGUGAAUUAGCGUUUACAGAGGAAUUGGGGGGGCAACUAUCACCAGAAAUAAAGGCGGCAGUGGAGAAUGGAGUAAACAGCUCCUAUCUUCAAGGUCCAUUGCUAGGAUAUCCUUUAAGGGGUGUAUCGACACUAAUCAAAAGUGUCAAGAUGGAACCAGGAACAUCUCCUGCCAUGGUGUCCGCCUGUGUGUCCCGCUGCAUGCUGAAGGCUCUAAGGCUAGCUGGAGGUCAGGUCCUGGAGCCAGUGAUGUCCCUUGAGGUGACUGUGGGGGAGGAACGCCUUAGCUCUGUGCUGGGGGAUUUAGCCCAAAGACGAGGAACGGUUCGAGACAUACAGAGUCGUCAUGACGAUAAGGUGCUGCUAGCAACUGUGCCCUUGGCUGAGAUGAUGGGCUAUUCCACCAUCCUGCGAACACUGACAUCUGGCAAUGCUACCUUCUCCCUGGAGCUGGACACCUAUGAAGCCAUGAACCCCCAGGACCAGAACACUCUUAUUAAAAGAAUGGCUGGUCUGCUGUGAUUUCCUGUUUAACAAUUUGAAACAGUUCAGCAAUGGGACCAAUGACCUUCUAAAAGAGAGGCAUUGCUAGUACCCAAACAGAUUUUCCAGGACUAAUGGUACAUAUCAGACUAAGCAAGUACAAUGCUAUUUAUAGUAUGAAUAUCCACUGGAGGGAGGACAUUACAAAUGUUAGUGUACAAUGUUCUUUGCGAAAUACAAAAUAAACGUGA